AUAAAACCCAGCGUGAAAGUAAACACGUGUUGGUCAGCGCCAGGAAACACCUACAGAGAUGAAGUGGGCUUCGAGAGCGAUGACGACGAUGACCUCGAUUUGUCCAGACCCUCGCCAUUCAAUUGCUGUUGUGCGGAUCUUUCCGACUAUGAUGAACAGGCACGAAAAAGCAUAUUGGAUUUUAGUGGUACAGGCCGCUUCCGCAUUCCGGGCAAACAGUGUCCCCGUGUGAUUUCAGAAGCUAACUCCCUGUCCAUGUACGAUGCUACGCCAUCACCUCAUCGGUCCUUUUUAUGUUUAUUAUGCAGCUGCUGCUGUCCAUGCUAA